AUGUGGUCGAUAGGGUCAAUAAUAACCGUGGCGGUCGUUGGUGCUGCGGCUCUGACGAUUACAGGGAUCUUGCUCGCAAUCAGUCUGGAGCGGCGGCGUCACACUAAGAUCCUGAAAGCGCAUGGCCUGACGCGAGGUCUCAGCAAUUAUCACCGAACCAAACUCAGUGCCAAUGGCCUCAACUACUCUCACAUCAUGCCUCCGAGCUCCCUUCUCCGACGAAGUGUUCAGUUACCAUAUGGAAUUGUAUCCAUCGGUCACGAUGACAAGCCUGGCGACGACGAGGAGAGACAACUGGGGGCCUCCAACGAACAUGUCGGCGAGUAUACAGAGGUGCUGCGAUCCAAAACCAACAGAAGCAUACAGCGUGGAUUCAGCGGCGAACCGCUGUAUAUCCCAAAGCCACGCCGAGCGGGAAAGUUACGGAAAGCGGUGCCAAUAGAGCGAAUACAAAGAUCGCCUCUAUCAGCGAUUACCGAGUUCAGUGACCCUCCCACAAGCGCUCCUGCGGAUACAUCUGAAUUUUCGGCUCAUUCAACGACAAUGUUACUUCCAGAAACUGCUGUGACCCGGCCGGAAAAGCAUCUUUCCACCCAGUGGCCGUUGGCCGACGCGAACACGCGAGGCUCCAGAAGCAUGCCUACUGAAAUUAUGGAAAUAACAGCACGGGAAAGCGUGCUCAUGAGGAGAGGAGGAGGUGUGCAUAAUGUCGCGUCGACCUUGCACGGACUUCCGUAUUCCACCAGUGCGACUAGUACGGCAUCAAUGGCGCCAGAUGAUCCCCUCCCACCCCUGCCUGCGAUUGACGCCCUCAAACGGCCCAAGAAUCAUGACCUGAGGAGAGCAUCUAACGUCAGUCUCGAGACGGUUGGCAGUUCAGUCUUGGGAGCCUCCAUGAGCUCGCCUGCCAUCAAUGGAGCAGAUGCCAACCAUUCCUGUCUUGCACAGAACCGGCGGCCUCCCGCAUUUGACCUCGCUUUGAAGCGUGAGUUCGCUACGCCAGAACUCCAGGCACCACCGGUCAGGAAGACGAUCCACGGACUGGUCACAGGUGCAAGCAUUCGCUCCCUGCAUCCAACUGUGGUCUUGGACGAGGCAAGCCCGGCGAGAAAUCUCUCGGACCUUCCGCGACUUCCACCCAUCGUUGUCCGAGAAGAAUCUCUCAAGACUAUCGAUGCCAGUAAUUGGACUCUACCACCUUUGAAGGUCAAUAAGAUUCGGAAGCAAUCCGGUCUACCUAACCGGCAUUCCAUGAUUGAACCAUCGAAGCUUGCACAAUGGCGCGCAGUGAGUGACCCUGCUCCGGGUCUCAUUCCCGACGACGAUGUCUUUGCCAUUGGCGAGGCUUUGAGGCGACCCAACUCAGUGGCCACAGGAAAUCCGUUGGAUUGGACCCGGCAGACAGGCUCCUUGUCCAAACGCCACUCUCUGGCGUCCCCGGCGUAUUCUGACGGACCGAAGCGUGGUCAUAAACGGCAGAACUGCAUCAGAAUCAUGAAUUUGCCUGUUCCUGACAGAAGGUCCAGUGUGCAACGACUGCCAGAGUUGCGAGAAGAGCUGCCUUCGAACUCGACGGGCGCAACUCCCACAGGGAGAUUAAGCGUCUUCGAGAUCAAGCAACUUCGACCGAUUUUCAGACCAAGGUCGCCCGCUCCCAUGGACCUCAAAUCCUCUCCAACGCCAUCUCUCUUUAAAAACGCCCCCAUUCUGACGCCCACGCCUCGUCCAGCUCGGAAACAGUACAUACAGCCUCCGGCCAGCUCCGCUCCAGGACUACGCAGACCCUUGGGGACACCAAGACCGGACUCGGAGGUGUUCAAUUCCACUCACAUGGACUUAGCAAUGUCAAGCCCAUACAAUAACACUCCUUGUCAUUGGCCGCUCCCACACUCGAUGCAGCUUGACGUGAACAACACGCCACCCUCGGCGCGGCCAUCAGAGCCAUCACCGUUCGAGUCGCCGAUCUUGCCGUCUCCAGCCUUGAACUCCUCGUCCUUGUACCCACGGAAGUCGCUGGUAAAGGGCCCCCGCAGUCCCCGAACCAGUGCGCAAAUGACAACCAGCAGCACCAGCCCUCUUCAAAACAAACAAACCCACAAGCAUCGCGUGGGGAAAUACCCCGGGCCGAACGGUCAGACUGGACUCGCUCUGGGAAAGACCGUCAUGAUGUUGAAAAGCAUGAACUCAGAGGCCCGUCUUCUCGAGCAAGGAAGGUCCAACGCCAGCGGAGACAAGAGCCCCGAGAUGACUGCUCUGCCCUCUCCGCCAUUAAAUAAACGUGUCAGGGGUCUCAGGAACUCGACUUGUGCUCCAUCCAUCUCGAGUACGCCUCCAUCUCCGCCGCCUCCGCAAGAGAGACAUCAAGGGCUGCUCAGUCGUGGUCCGAGUCCUCUCGCCAACGCGAGCAAUCUCCACCGAAUUGACUCGACCAAAGGCACGAAACCAACGCUGUGCCUUCCAAGGUCGCAUCUCUCUAUCUCCCUUUCGAGCAGAGUCACCUCGAUGAUGUCCACCGGCGGCGGCUCAAUCUGGGAGGACGCCAGCGUGCGGGCCGAGUCUCCCGACCCAGAAGAGGAAGGCGAGGCCAUGGCCCCGUUGGCACUGCGCACGCUGGCCAAGACAGACCAGAAUCAACGGUCCUUGUCCUUGUACCCUUCUCGAUCGUCGUCGCGUGCCGGCUGCACCUCGUUCGCCAGCAUCAUUACACGAGAUUUUGGCAGCCAGGGCGGGACGGAGAACGAAAGCGAGGAGGACAAUGAGAAUAUGCCCGUGGAUACGAACCAGAAUCUAUACGCGGACGACAACGCCAGCCACGUGGUACAACAGCUCGAGCGUGUCGUGAGCAGUGGGCAAUGGGAUCACAAGCACACCUCCAAGCAGAGAGUUAUGACGAAUCACAGCGAAACAGACAACCCACGCAGGCCAAACGAAGCCGUCACGCCGCGGACAAGACGGGAGAUGGACCUCUUUGGCGGGAGUAAGAAGGAAUCAGGCGUCGGGUUGGGACUAACGUUGAGAUUGGAUGAUUUGGUCGUGGGAAGGAAUCGGCUUCCGCGGUCGUAG